UAUCUAGAGGGCAACAUCCUGAGACAAUAUCUCAGAGCAUCGUUCUAAGGACAGACCAGGAGGAAAACAUGGCCAAAUCUUUCCCAGUGCUCUACUCACUUUUGUUCUUCAUCCUGAUACACUUGGUGUUACCUUCUGUUUCAGGCCCUCGACACUGGUGGCCACCGCAUGGAAAUAUUAAGGUGAAAUGUCCAUAUAAAACAGUAGACUUGCAUUGGUUCAAAGGAAAAAUAAACCCCUGCGUUGGUGUAUAUCAACCCAUCUGCGGCACCGAUUUCGUCACCUAUGAAAACCCCUGCAUCCUGUGCGUUGAGAGCUUGAAAUCUAAGGGGGAAAUUAAGUUUCUACAUGAUGGAAAAUGCUAG